GUGGCGCUGAUAAUUUCCAACAUGUCAUCCAAGAAGAACCAAGACGGCGAUGAGCGCUUCCUCCGGGUCCAGAAGGACCCACGCUUCUGGGAAAUGCCCGAGAGAGAGCGAAAAAUCAAGAUUGACAAACGAUUUAAGUCCAUGUUCCACGACAAGCGCUUCAAGGUGACGUACACGGUAGAUAAACGAGGCCGCCCCAUAAACCACACCUCCACAGAGGACCUGAAGCGUUUCUACAAGCUCUCAGACUCCGAGGAGGAGCACGCGACGGAGGAGAAGGCAGAGAGAAAGAAGAAGAAGAAACAAGCUAAGCAGAAGCUGGAAAAAGCUGAGACAGAAGGAAAGACCGGAAAAAGUCCGAGUGGAGGUGGGAAAGCUGCAGGAGACACCGAACGAGGCGUCAGAGUCGUAGGAGAAGAUGAUGAGGAGGAAGUCGACCUGAGAGACAGAAGCACAGACAACAGCGAAGAGGAAGUUGCUGCUGCUGAUGAAGGCGAGGUUUCAAGCGGGUCGGAUGAGGACGCUUUGGAUUCGGACGAGGACAGCGACAGCGGGCCAGAUCUGGCAAGAGGGAAAGGAAACGUUGAGACCAGCUCGGAUGAAGAUGAUGAAGAUGACGUGGAAGCGUUCCUACGGCAAGAAGAAGAGCAGAUUGAACACGACUGGGGAGAGCUGAGCAAAGAUGCACGGCGAAGUGAUGAGGUUUCUGCCCGUCUCGCAGUCUGCAACAUGGACUGGCAGCGCAUUAAAGCCGUGGACCUGCUGGCUCUGUUCCGCUCGUUCACGCCUAACGGAGGAGCCGUGCUGUCUGUGAAGAUUUACCCGUCAGACUUUGGGAAGGAGCGUCUGAAGUUGGAGGAGACGCAGGGGCCGCUGGAGCUGAAGGCACUGCCCGAUGAUUCAGAGGACGACACGGAGGAGGAGCGGCUUCACAGGGAGAAGCUGCGCGACCACCAGUUCAAGCGCCUGAAGUAUUACUACGCCGUGGUGGAGUGCGACUCGGCCGACACUGCAGCUAAGAUCUACGAGGACUGCGACGGCUACGAGUAUGAGACCAGCUGCUCUAUGCUGGACCUCAGGUUUAUUCCAGAUGAUGUGAUGUUUGAUGAGGAGCCCAAAGAUGCGGCGUCAGACGUGAACCUGUCGUCCUACACACCCAACCUGUUCACCUCCUCAGCCAGCGCCUCCUCCAAGGCAAAGCUGACGUGGGACGAAACGGACCACGAGCGCGUGACCGCCCUGAACAGGAAGUUUAACAAGGACGAGCUGCUGGAGAUGGACUUCAACGCCUACCUGGCCUCGUCCAGCGAGGAGGAGGAGGAGGACGCAACAGAAGAUAAAGCGACAGGAGGCGCUGUGGAGCAAGAGGUGAAGAAGAGAAGCGAAGAGCAGAUCAGUAAAUACAGGGAGCUGCUGAAGGGAAUCCAGGACAAAGAUAAGAGGCUGCAGGAGGACAAAGACAUGGAGGUCACCUGGGUGCCAGGACUGAAGGAGGCAACGGAGCAGCUGGUGAGGAAGAAGCUGGAGGGGAAGGACAAGCUGACGCCAUGGGAGGGCUACCUGCAGAAGAAGAAGGAGAAGAAGAAGCUGAAGAAAAACCAGAGGAAACUGAGACCUGGAGAAGACGAGCUGAGUGAUGACGAGUUUCCUCCUGACGUAGACCUCAGUGACCCUUUCUUCUCAGAGGAGCUCGGUGCAGACCUGAAGAAGAAACGGAAGAAGACGAUGACUGGGGAAGAGGAGCGGACGGCUGAGGAGGAAGAGGAGCUGCAGAGACAAAAGGCUGAGAUGGUUCUGCUGAUGGACGACGAUGCGGACGAGGCCAAACACAAACACUUCAACUACGACAAGAUUGUGGAGCAGCACAACCUGAGCAAGAGGAAGAAGAAGCAGCUGCUGAAGAAGAGCGAGGAGCUGCUGGACGACGACUUCCAGGUGGACGUGAAGGAUCCUCGUUUCCAGGCCAUGUUCACCUCCCAUCUCUACAACCUGGACCCGUCCCACCCCAGCUACAAGAAGACCAGGGCCACAGAGAGCAUCUUGGCAGAGAAGCAGCGCCGGCGGGAGGCGGAGCAGCAGGUGGCGCCCGGGGGCAGUAAACAGGAAGCAGCUGGGAGGAAGCGGGAGAACGACGGCGACCCGGACACUAAGAAGCCGAUGGAGCCCAGUUUGUCUCUGCUCAUUAAGUCCAUUAAGAGCAAAACGGGUCAGUUUCAGGCUCGGAAGAAGCAGAAGCUGAAUCAGCUCUGACUGGAAGCUCUGGUUGGAGUUUUGGUUUCCUUUUUUUUUUUUUAAUCAAAGGACUGUUGUAACCGGGAUGCUGGAACCCAUUCAUUAUCCAAGCUGUGUAACAGUACACCCUCUUUAGACCCGGCUCCACAGGUUCACCUCUGGAGGAGAGAACAGACAGGAAAGCAACGUUAAUUUACAGGGAGUCGCAAAAUAAAGGAAUUGUCAAUUAAAUUGAGAUCCAUAUAAUUAAAUAGACUGGAAACCAAACAUACACACAUCAGAUAGAAAAGCAAAGACGCUGAAGGCGUGGAUGUGGAGAUGCAGUGGCUCCGUACACGGAGCAGUUCCCAGUGUUAAUGAAUAGAGUCGCAGGCAGAGGGACGGAGCAUCAUCCUGAGCUGGGCUGAGGCUGAAACCAGCAGCUUAUGCAAAAGCGGAUGCUGAUUUCAAUAAAGGUCAGUAGAAUGCGGA